GUAAGCACAGCGCAAAUGCAAAAGGUGUUGCCUGGUAUUAAUCAAAGCCUUGCUCUUCGUCGCAUUUCGCUAUUUUCUCCUCUGUUUUGCGCCCUAUCCUCCCUGUUCUGCUCGUGAGGGCAGUGGUUCAGUACGUGGCAAAGGUUUGAAAGGAGUGCGCGUUUGGACGUGCGCGCACUAAAUUGUACCUUUUUGUUGGUGUCAUCGUCAAGUCAGCCAGGUCCACCAGUCAGUCAGUCAGGUCGCGAUGAACUUUGUUGUCUCCCCCUGUCCUCUUCUCCAUCAUCACCUCUUCAUCCAUCUCAUCCUUCCUUUGUCUGCAUUCACCACCAACCCGAUCCCUUUUCCUUUGUUUCUUGUUUUCCACUGCAUUUAUUAUCCUUUCGCCCUCACCGUCUCUUUCCUUAUUGUUUCACCGUACUUUUUCUUUCUUUUUUCUGCAUUUCAUUCAACACAUUCAGUUUAUGACACAUGUCCGGCCUCAAGCAUGAGCUCGACCAAUGGAACGAGGGCGUGAUAGCAUUUGACCAGGGUCUGUACGAGGAUGCCCUAGAGAUCUUUGAGCCGAUUGCGGAAUCGGCCAAGAUACACUUCAACAUCGGUGUAGUCCUGGCGACUCUGGGCGACUUUGAGGGUGCAAGUGCAGCCUAUGAACAGGCCACCAAGCUGGACCACUACUUGGCCAUUGCAUACUUCCAGAACGGAGUCGCUAAUGUUGCCCUCGAAAACUAUGCCCGGGCCUUGACCUGCUUCCACGACGCCUACCUGUACCUACGCGGAAACAUGGUGAUCGACUACACACAGCUGGGGCUGGACUUUAAGCUGUACUCCUGUCAGGUCCUCUUCAACCGCGCGCUAUGUUACAUUGAACUCGGAGAGAUGGAUCUUGCCAUGACAGAUCUCUGGCGUGCAUCACGGGAGAAGCAGACAAAGGCGCAUGAUAUUCUGGACCAAGCACUCAGAGACAAGGGACGGGACUGCACAGUUUUUACGGUUCCCCAGGGCGUGCUUUAUCGACCUGCGGAAUCAAAGGUGAAGAAUUCAAAGAAGAAGGACUAUCUGGGCAAUUCUAAGGUCAUUGCGGCUGUGGAUGCGUCGGACCAGUUCGCGGGUUUCAAAGGCAUGUCCGCCUGGCAGGUCCAGAUGAGUGGACCGACGAAUGUCGCUGCGGUUGAGGAACCACGGUCGAUGACCCCACCCAACGGGCUCCAGCGACGCGCCACAGAGCGAUUGGGACCAGGAAUGAACAGGAGAGGCGCAGAUCCGGAACGACCCCCGCUGGAACACUCGGCUUCGUUUAGUGGUCAUGAACGUCGAGGAUCGAAUGGCUCAGCUGGUUCUGACCUUUCGCCUCGACCCUCGCUGCUCGCUCGACGAAAUACAGAGGCACAGAGACCAUCGCCCCUGAAUACGGAUGCUAAUGGCCGUGGAGGGAUUUCAUCAGCAACGGCUGGAGGAGGCAAAAGUGCUGGAACUGGGUCUGUGGGCGGAUCAGCAGGACGAAGUCGAUUCCAGGAUGAGUUGGAUGAGAUCGAGCAGCAUGUUUAUGCACUCAGUGUCGAAUCCGAUCGAAACAAUGGCGGCAGCAUGCGAUCUGCACAUGGAAGCCUUCGCCGCAAACCAUCGCAGAACUCCUCAAGAACUUCGCCACCCGGCUCAGUCCUGAAUGGAGGAGGCGGUCCACCUGUGCCACCGAUGCCAAACAUGUCGAAUUACAACAGCAAUACCAGUCCACCGCUCUCAGGAAGCAGCGGCCGAUCUAGUCCUGGGUUUUCUGACUUGAGGAGGGCUGCCAGUAACGGACGCGGAUUAAGGCGCGAUAAUAGUGUCCGGAGCAGCUCCACCAAUAGUCCCUACCGAUUACAGCCAAUGCAAUCGACCAACUCCAGUCCAUUGAUAUACAGCAAUAAUGCGGGUGCGCGGUCGGACGAUGGCGCCAAUAUGGAUGAGCCCGUUUAUGCUGGGCUCCGCGACAAGUUCCGCGUCAAGUGCCACUACAUCGAUACGAGGGCUGUUCUCGUCCGUCCAGACACCCCUCUUCAGGAACUGAUUCAGCGCGUGCAGGAGAAGUUCCAAUCGGACCGACCUCUUAAGCUGAAGUACAAAGACGAGGACCAUCAUAUGUUGUCGAUGAUUGAUGAUGAGGACUGGUUGAUGGCUCAACAGGUUCAUAUCGAUACGACCGGCGGUUUGGACCGGAUGGAACUCUGGUGCUUUGAUGAGGAGUGAGCAGACAGACAGACAGACAGACAGACAGACAGACAGACAGCAGUACGACAGAGAAUCGCACUCUUUCUCUCCUUCUUUCUUUCUUUUUUCGAGUACAAGGGUAGGAAUGAGGACGACGAUACGAAUAUGCGAACUAGACAGAAUAAGGAAAAAGGAGUCGAGAAGACCAUUUAACAGAUAACGACAUAUACCUUUUGAUACGGACACAAUAUAUUUCAUUAUGUGCACA